UUUGCUUCUUCCUCCACGCCGGGUUCGUUGAUCCAACACCUUCAAAUGGCCAUUUUUCUCCCCGGUGCGUGACGUCACUACCGAAAACCGGCAGUAUCGAAAAAUAGAAAUCCCCCCUUUCACACACAUACACACACACAGCGAGACGUCGCUCUAUAUGCUCUAUGGCGCACGUGUGGGCGGUGUGUAUGGGAAAGGAUAUGCGUUAGGUGUGGUGAGGUGCAAAGCAGAAUCAUAUCAAAGCUCACGGGUCGGCACCAUCAUCGGGGGACAUAAAUUUCGAAGAAAACGCUCUCGCACGGUCAAUCCGUCCCGUCGGUGCGUCGCGGGUAGUGCGAGAUUUUCAGCCCAUCAAUCGCCAGUCACCACUGUCCACGAAACCGUUGCUGGCAGCAGUAAGUGAACCACCCAGCAGUAAAAAAAACCCUCACCAUGUAUCACCUGAAGACGAUCGCGAAGAAUGCCACCAUCAAGCAGGAGGUGGCCACGCUGGUCAAGGCCGUUGCGGCCGUCCAGCAGCCGAUGGCGAUGAACCAGCAGCAGCCGAAGCGCACCUACGCCGAGCACCAGAUCCCGGAGCGGCUGAAGGAUGUGUCGACCGCGGCCAACCCGCGCUUCUUCGACAUGGUCGAGUACUUCUUCCACCGCGCCUGCCAGAUCUGCGAGGACAAGCUGGUGGAGGACAUGAAGGGCCGUGCCUCGAUGGACGAGAAGAAGAAGAAGGUGAAGGGCAUUCUGAUGCUGAUGCAGCCGUGCGAUCACAUCAUCGAGAUUGCCUUUCCGCUGCGACGCGAUUCCGGCGACUACGAGAUGAUUACCGGCUACCGUGCCCAGCACUGCACCCACCGUACCCCGACCAAGGGCGGUAUUCGUUUCUCGCUGGACGUGUCGCGCGAUGAAGUGAAAGCCCUGUCCGCGCUGAUGACGUUCAAGUGCGCCUGUGUGGAUGUACCGUUCGGUGGCGCCAAGGCCGGUGUCAAGAUCGAUCCCCGCAAGUACUCCGAGCAUGAGCUGGAGAAGAUUACCCGCCGUUUCGCGCUGGAGCUGUCCAAGAAGGGCUUCAUCGGCCCGGGCAUCGAUGUGCCGGCCCCGGACAUGGGAACGGGCGAGCGCGAGAUGUCCUGGAUUGCGGACACGUACGCCAAGACGAUCGGCCAUCUGGAUAUUAAUGCGCACGCGUGCGUCACCGGCAAGCCGAUCAACCAGGGCGGCAUUCACGGCCGUGUGUCCGCCACCGGACGUGGUGUGUUCCACGGGCUGGACAACUUCAUCAAGGAGGCGAACUAUAUGGCGCAGAUAGGCACGACGCCCGGCUGGGGCGGCAAGACCUUCAUCGUGCAGGGCUUCGGUAAUGUCGGUCUGCACUCGUGCCGCUACCUGACCCGUGCCGGUGCCACCUGCAUCGGUGUGAUUGAGCACGACGGUUCGAUCUUCAACCCGCAGGGUAUCGACCCGAAGGCUCUGGAAGAUUACAAGAACGAGAAGGGCACGAUCGUUGGCUUCCCAGGCGCGCAGCCGUAUGAGGGCGAAAACCUGAUGUACGAGCAGUGCGACAUCUUCAUCCCGGCUGCCGUCGAGAAGGUUAUCACCGCCGAGAACGCUGGCAAAAUUAAUGCCAAGAUCAUUGCCGAAGCUGCCAACGGUCCCACUACCCCGGCCGCGGACAAGAUCCUGAUCGACCGCAACAUUCUCGUCAUUCCGGAUCUGUACAUCAACGCUGGUGGUGUGACGGUAUCGUUCUUCGAAUGGCUCAAGAACCUGAACCACGUCUCGUACGGUCGUCUGACGUUCAAGUACGAGCGAGAGUCGAACUACCAUCUGCUCGAAUCCGUACAGGCCUCGCUGGAGCGUCGCUUCGGUAAUGUCGGUGGCAAGAUUCCGGUCACGCCCUCGGAAGCAUUCCAGAAGCGCAUCUCCGGUGCCUCGGAGAAGGACAUCGUGCACUCCGGACUGGACUACACGAUGGAGCGUUCGGCACGCGCCAUCAUGAAGACGGCCAUGAAGUACAAUCUCGGACUGGACCUUCGCUCGGCCGCUUACGUCAACUCGAUCGAAAAGAUCUUCCAGACGUACCGUGACGCCGGUCUCGCUUUCUAAGCCCGGACAGGGAGAAGAUAAAACCCCGCUUACCUUUCAUGCCAGCGAAGACACGCAUUUCGAUUCAAGACACACGGAGACGAACAAAACGAGCGCGCGCCAGCCAGCACAACUGGUUCUAAGUUAAUUUGCCGGUGAGGGGGGAAAUAGGAUGCAACAGAACAGCCAGAGAGAGAGAGAGAGAGAGAGAGAGAGAGAGAGAGAGAGAGAGAGAGAGAGAGAGAGAGAGAGAGAGAGAGAGAGAGAGAGAUAGGAGUGAAAACAGCCACCGGCGAUCGUGCUUUUUCCCAUUGUUAGAUGUCUAAGGUUUCGUUUACCUACACCUACCUCAUCGCCGUGCCGAUGCGGAAUGGCUACAAGUGAUGAUUCCCACAUUCCACGAGUACGAGUACUAUGAACAACUGUGGUGUGUUGCAAUACUUUCUACACCGCGCACCGCAUCUCAACACACACACACACAUUCCAUUUUUAAUAAUCUUUUUAUUCGGCCAAAAGCGGUCUCUCUGCGUACGAUCGGUGGUACUUGCUUGAUGAUUGUGUAUGAUGAUACUGGUGGCUGUUGUGGGCAGGAUUCGUUCCUCGGUUGGCACUGCACUUGUUGUUCGAUAAGUUUUAUUUGUAUUCAUGUACUUACAUUCAUCCAUCGUGCGGUACAGUUUAACUUCUACAAGCGACGGAAUGAUUACGCAUUAAGUUUCAUUAGCACGCUAUACCUUUGAAACAAACACAAACGCACCAAGAAGAACCGAAAAACGACGCAAUUCAACAUUCCCACAGCAGAUCACAAUCGGAAAUCCGUCUCAACAGCACACCAGCAGUAUAUUUAGUCGUGUAAUCGAGAUUUAAAAUCCGGGAAGGGUCCCCCCCCACCCCAUACAAACACAACUGACUGCCACAAUUUGCGAAAGUACACUCGGUGUUCUCUUGUGUUAGGUACUAUUUUGCAACUUUGCGCCCUUCUGCACAGUUCUAAACGUAAUGCCUCACCGGACGACGGAACCAUUUGGAAAAAGCGUGUAUUUUAAAAAACUACCAAUGGCAUGCGCACUCAAAAACUAAGCCUAACAGCCGCAAACAAUCUUACCUAAACGAUAAAGAAACUGGAGUAAGAUGAAGUAAAACAAAAAAACAGCUGACGCGAUGCAAAAGUGACCCACUCUAAAUAAAGCGAAAGUAAUCUAACAAAAAACAAAAACA